GUCAUCGGUAACUUGGGCGUGGCAGAUAUCGACUCGCGCCUCGAGGAGCAGAUCAUUGACGGCAUCGUGUACGCGUUCCAGGAGCAGACGUCCGACGACACCACGGUGAUGCUGAACGGCUUCGGCACUGUGGUAAACUCCCUCGGCCCUCGUGUGAAGCCGUACCUGCCACAGAUUGCCGGUAUCAUCCGGUGGCGCCUCAACACGCCUUCGGCUCGCGUGCGUCAGCAGGCGGCAGACCUGAUCGCACGAAUUGCAGUGGUCAUGAAGCAGUGCGGCGAGGACCCCGAAUUGGGGCAUCUUGGCCUCUUCCUCUACGAGUACCUGGGCGAAGAGUAUCCCGAAGUCCUGGGUUCCAUCUUGGGCGCACUGAAGGCCAUCGUCAACGUCAUUGGCAUGACAAAGAUGACGCCGCCAAUCAAGGACUUGCUUCCGCGAUUGACACCCAUCCUGAAGAACAGGCAUGAGAAAGUGCAGGAGAACUGCAUUGACCUCGUGGGCAGAAUUGCGGAUCGGGGUGCUGAGUUGGCGCCACCCAGAGAGUGGAACCGUAUUUGCUUCGACCUUCUGGAGUUGCUGAAGGCUCACAAGAAGGCUAUUCGUCGAGCUACGGUCAACACCUUCGGCUACAUCGCAAAGGCUAUUGGCCCUCACGAUGUCCUCAGUACUCUUCUGAACAACCUCAAGGUCCAGGAGCGUCAGCUUCGUAUUUGUACCACCGUUGCCAUUGCCAUCGUCGCCGAAACAUGUGGCCCAUUCACUGUCCUGCCAGCUCUCAUGAACGAGUACAGAGUGCCAGAGCUGAAUGUGCAGAAUGGAGUUUUGAAAAGCUUGAGCUUCAUGUUUGAGUACAUCGGCGAGAUGGCCAAGGACUACAUCUACGCAGUGACGCCCAUUCUGGAGGAUGCGCUCAUGGAUAGAGAUCUUGUUCACAGGCAGACCGCUGCCUGGACCUGCAAGCAUCUGGCUCUCGGAGUUCACGGCCUGGGAUGCGAGGACGCCCUGCAGCACCUGAUGAACUACGUGUGGCCGAACGUCUUCGAGAAUUCGCCGCACUUGAUCAUGGCCGUGUUCGAUGCCAUCGACGGCUUCCGGGUUUCCCUGGGCCCAACAAAGGUCCUCCAGUACCUGCUCCAAGGCUUGUGGCAUCCAGCUAGAAGAGUGCGGGCCGUAUAUUGGCGACUGUACAACAACCUCUAUAUCGGCUCGCAGGAUGCGCUGAUCCCCUCUUACCCCAAGCUGGAAGAUGACUCUGAGCACUGUUACCGCCGAACCGAGCUUGAACUCCUCCUUUAG